CGUGGGCCGCCGGCUGUCAAUCACGCGCGGGCUGAGCUCGGCGAGGCGGGAGCGGCGGCGGCGGCGGCGGCGAUGGGACCCGGGCGAGAGAUCUGCAGCUAGGCCGGCUGCACUUGCUCCAAGGGUCGGGAUCGAUUGGAGGGCCAGGAUUGAAGAAUGUGCUGUUAAAAAGAAGGCCAAGGACUAAACAGGACAAGAAGGACUUUGAAGAGGACCGUUCCUAACUGUUGCCACAGCCUCAUUUAUCAGUGUUGGCUAUUUUACGUGUUGCUGGAACAAGAUACUGACGGAAACAACUUACGUAAGCAAAGGGGUUGUUUUGGAUCACAGUUCUAGGCUGUGACCCGUCAUGGCAGCCGGAGCACCAGGCAGCUGGUCACACUGCAUCUCCAGUCAGGAAGAAGAGGCAACUGGGAAGAUGGCUUCUUGCAGCAACAUCUGUGGGUCCAAGCAAGCCCAGGCUGACACCGAGGGUGGGCACCAGCGCUAUGGUGUGCGGUCCUAUCUGCACCAAUUUUACGAGGACUGCACCUCUUCCAUCUGGGAGAAUGAGGAUGAUUUCCAGAUCCAGAGAUCGCCUAACAGGUGGAGCUCGGUACUCUGGAAGGUCGGACUCAUCUCAGGCACCGUCUUUGUGAUUCUCGGGUUAACUGUCCUGGCAGUGGGCUUUCUUGUGCCUCCCAAAAUCGAAGCCUUUGGCGAAGCCGAUUUCGUGGUAGUCGACACACAUGCUGUGCAGUUCAACGGUGCCCUCGACACGUGCAAGCUGGCGGGGGCUGUGCUCUUCUGCAUUGGGGGCACAUCCAUGGCGGGGUGCCUUCUGAUGUCUGUGUUUGCCAAGAACUACUCCAAAGAAGAGAAGUUCCUUCAGCAGAAGUUCAAAGAGCGGAUCGCAGACAUCAAGGCCCACACCCAGCCUGUUACUAAAGCUCCAGGCCCAGGGGAUACCAAGAUCCCAGUCACUUUGUCCAGGAUUCAAAACGUACAGCCUCUAUCAGCCACCUGAAAUGUUUCCCACCUCAGUCCUCCUCUCUCUGAUUCACGCGCAUCAUCGUUAACAAACAUAGCCAGUUUCUGAAGUGAUAAGCAUUUGGCAGUGACCCAUUCCUAGACCUAUGUUGAGCUGGGCACAAUGUCGUGCUGCCUCAGUUCAGGUGACAGUGAAUGUCACACAUCAACCUGUGCCCUGCUGCAGACGGCUUCAGGGAGCCCCUCUGGAGCUCCUGUGUCAGAUAGCGUGACUUUGUGUUAUUUUCUGUGUACUUGAAUGCACUGAGUGCUUUAGGCCAGCCUACCAAUGGUCAAAGUGAUCCACUUCGUUUUCUAGGUUUUUCUGGUCCUUCUUUGUGGUGCUGUCUCUCAUGGCUGUCCCUGUGCGAUUCCAUCAUGUGCUCAUGGAAGCAUUAGUCUUUUAAUCAUGUCCUAACAUGAAAGUCCUAAGCCUGGGUACAAAUGUGUCAGCGUUCCACACCAACCUUGUUGUUCCCUCCACAUUUUUUCCUUAUCACUUAAAAAGGUAACCUUGCCCAUUUUAGAAUCUUGGUUAGGAAAACAGUAAUGUUAGGGGUAUGUGUUUAUGCAGCAUCUGAAGACACCCCAAAGCUGGGAAACUUGAGUUCUGACCUUUAACUUUGUCACGACUUUGUAGAAAUCAUUUGUUCCCUGGGCCUCCGUUUCCCCACCUAUACAAUGAGGAUCUAAGGACCAUCCCUGCCUAAGGACCCAGGGUUCUUGUUCAUUAAUGUGCCAUUUAAUCACUUCCCUGAAGAUGUUUAUGAUGGUCUUGUUGGGGUUUUUUCAGAACUGAACUCCAAGAACGUCCCCGACUCUGUAGACGUUACAGUGUUUACCCUUAAAUAUCCAACCCCAGCGGUUUAGGCGAGGCUGUCCUAUUUUUAUAAAGACAAGAAUAAACCACCCUCAAAUAAGAAAGCCCUGGGUCAAUGUUAACCUAAAAAGUGUUUUCAUCCCCGCACAUAAGGGGACACCAAGAUCCCGGUCACUGUUUCCAACAACGUUGGCCCCUCGUUCCUUGCACUUUAAUCUGCAGAUUUAAAUUAGACUAAAGGAAAAUGAAUCAUGUGUCCUUGCGGUCUCUCAGAAGGUGUGUCACCUUAGAGUUUUGUCAUUACAUGCAUACAUGUGUUCCUCCUCCACUGGAGACCUAAGUGAACGAGCACCAGAACUGUCUGUGUCACUUCGCCAGUGUGGCUCUUUCCAACAUGUAAUUUUCCAUGCUGAGGCUGAAGAGGCACUGAUGUCUCCCUGACUAAAUGGAAGAAUAAAUGAGGCAAUUAGUGGUC